AUGUCUUUGGUGACCGUACAGCGUUCUCCGACUCCAAGUGAGGAUGCAGACUUAGAUGAAACUGAUGUUGAUAUAAGUGAAUGCGACUCAUCAUCACCACGUCGAUGUAGAAGUGUUACCUCAAGCGAAUGUUUCUUCUACGUUAAAGGAACUGCAGUGAUUUUACUGAAUCAUGACCGUACUAAUACGGUACCAACUUCUACGAAUGAUGAAAUCGAGGAGCAUCUGCAGUCAAUGUUACGUAUCAUAUCACCUCAACACACACUCACAAUGGCUGUUCGUCUACAAACAACAUCCUCUUUGACGGCAUCAGUCAAUAAUGAAUUCGAUGAAUGUUGUUCAUUCCCGUGUUCCACUUCAUCCUAUUCAUCAUUGGUAUCGCUAUCACAAGAUCAUGCCAGAUAUCUUGCCGUUGUCACGUCUUCAUUCCGCCCUGCUUCUUGUUCCUUGAAUCGUAAUGACGAUUGUAAUAGUGCUGAUAAGGAUCUGUCAUUCAGUAUCCGAGAAUGCGUUCUACUUGGACUUGACUGCAUCACUAAUGACGAGAAGGCAACGAUCGGUGUAGUGAUACCGAUUCAUGCAUCAACGCAUAUUCGUUUGGAUGGCGAUGGUGGGAUAUCAAUUGAUUUUGAUCAAUCAUAUCACCACUUAUUCAGACCUGUUUCUGUUCAAGCUAUGUGGACUAUGUUUCAGUGCCUUCAUAAGGAAUUGCGGGAAGCUCAAAACGCCAUAACUUCGCCGUCACAGACGGCACGAUCCGAUGAACGUAUGACAGAUUAUUAUCUGAAGAAUAUUUCAUCGCAAGAUGCAAUCCGCAAUGAAUGGUUGGUUGUUUGGCCGUUCUUAUUUUCUUGA